AUGGCGGAAAACGCGCUCACAAAAGCCGUUGACAAAAAAUACCCCGGUUUCACUUACGAAAAAGAAGGACAGUGGAAAGGAUCUUUCUGCUUUAUCCAUGCUUCAGAUACACAAUUUGGCCUUAUAGAUUCGUGGAAUGGUGUUCCACUUGAAGAGCAAAACUGGGCAAAGGAAAUCGUCCUUACGCGCAAAGCGAUCGCUGCUGCAAACAAGCUGUCACCAAAACCGAGGUUCUUUGUUGUUUGCGGCGAUCUCGUGAACGCUUUUCCCUGGGAAAAAUUCAACGAUCCACAAGUUGCAGAUUUUAAGAAGAUCUUCAAUGAGCUCGACCCGAAUAUACCCCUGAUCUGUGUUUGUGGGAACCACGACGUUGGCGAUUCACCAACACAAACAUCUCUGCAAAAGUACAGGAGCAAUUUUGGGGAUGACUUUUACUCCUUUUGGGUUGGAGGUAAACUUUUUUACAUUUGAUUAGGAAAGGUACAAUUUACAAUAAAAUGUUAACAAAUUAAUUUUACCUGCACUUUUUCCGCAAGGAGGGGACAAGCAAUAUAUUUUCGUCAAUUAGAGGUUGUACUCACUCUAUCGUGGUCAAUUGCAUUUCACAACCUUUUUUAUUCAUUUCAACGUUCUUUUGACAGGGCAAUGGAAUUUUAAUUUUCUCUCCCGGAGAAUACUAAAUCCGUCGUGUUUUGAAUAACAUCUGGGUUCUUUCCUUAACAUUUUUGCAGUCUUGUUUUUUCUUUUAAGCUUAAGGGUAAGAAGUGUUUUAUCAUAAUAAUGCCAGUUGCUGGUUGUUGUUUCUUUUUGUUUUCGUUCGCUUUGUCAGCUUAUUAACGUUGCGUUUUCGUGAAGCUUAACAUGGCAAGAUUUUGUUGCCUACUUUUAUUUCUGCUAGCCCAAUUUGUUGAUGAUUGCUUAUUUUUCAAAGGGCUUGAUAAAUUUUUGGAAAAAAGAAUAUAAACAAUGUCGAGUGUUUUAACCAGGUUUUAAGGGUGACCCUCAAUACAUUUCGUGCUGAUGGGAGUUCCCCUAAUAUUAAGGAAAAGCCGGAAGUUUUAAGCUUUCCUGUUCUUAAAUACCAGGUGGAAUCUGGAAUGAAAAUAUUUGCCUUGCAUGUACAGUAUUGUAUGUGCUACAGGUAUAAUACAAAUAUGUUCUAAAGCAUUUCGUUAAAUUUUCAGUCAAUUCAAAAUUAUUUUAAUUUAGAAUUUCAGAUGGGAUUGAUUGCUGGCAUAUCUUUCUCAGAGCUUCCUACCCCCCCCCCCCCAAUUUUUUGUAGAGCUUCCUCCCCCCCCCCCCCCAAUUUUUUGGUAAAUGUAAGUGCCUUUGGUAAAGCACACCUGUAUUAUGACUUGUAUGACUUGCCCUAGUCUAGCGGCUAUAAAUAUCAUUUUACACUAUAAAUGUUAAUAAUAAGAGUCUUACAACCUAAAAAUUAAUCGAUGGGAAAUGUUUUAACAUAUUUGUUAAAUUAAUGGAAUGCUCUCUAGGCUGUAGACUGUAUGACAAAAUACAGAAAAACAAAACAACAAAAAAUGUAAAUCAGAAAAAUAAUCCUCUCUUAAGACCUAUCCCACGAACUGCAAGGGCUUUGAUUAUUAUUGUUUUUAGCUUUUAAUCAAGAACCUUUUACAAUGUAGGGGGAAGACAGGACUACAUCUAAGCAAAGAGAGGGUCUUAUUCAGUUUAGCAAAAUUAAAUGCAAGUAUAAAGAAAUGAGAAACGAUCAGCGUAGAGUUACAGUACUCUAAUUUAUUCCUGUUUUGGAUGGGUGGGAAAUAUGAGUGUUUGACAUCAGGAUUUGAGUGAUAUUAUUCAAAUUUUAUAGAAUCACUAAGAUAGUACACGCACUCUGAUGGGCCGAGAAGAAUGUUUGUAUGAGAGUAUGUAAACAUGGUUUUGACUCCAAGAUGUUUUGCUUUUUCCAUGCUUAUCACAGAAGCACAAAUUUGAAAAAGUUUUUGAGUUCAAAACUCAACAAGUUUACUUUAUUUACCCAUUCCUUUGUUGGCUGACACUUGAAAAAUCUUUACAAACAAGCUGUGUCAAUUUGUUUUCGCUUAAGCUGACAUUUUAAUCAUAGUUAGUACUACUCUACUAACUAUGUUUUAAUCAAGGAAAAUCUGUAUUUUGGAAAGCAUCUUCUUGCAAAACAAUAACUGAUUAUGCAUCCAUGACUUUGUGUACAAGACUUUGCAACUGGUAAGAAUUUCUCUUUUAAUCAGUGCAGUAACAAAGAAUUUUGCGUUUUUUCUCGGGAAAGUUAUUUUUCUGUUUGCAUAGCCUGAAAUAAACACUCCAGGAGUUGGGAGAAUUCUCGCAGUUAUGCCAACCCUCAACUUCGUCUCAGGUUUGCAAAGCUGUCUCGAAUUCUCCCAAUCCCUCUCGUGUUUAUAUCAGGCUACUGUGUUUCCUCGAAUGAUAGCCGUCCCUCGAUUAAUUUCCUCCCUUUGACAGAAAUAUUUGAAAUGAUCACCUUCCACAAGUAAGCCCCUCUUGCCAUCUCUUCUCUUCCUUUUAUGACCUCGCUCCUUGUCAAGUUGAAGCAGUGCAAUGUGAUCCAGAAAGAUCAGUGGUGAUCAAGCUCUGAAAAUUAAUCAAGGAACUAAAUUUGGAAUACUGUCUUGAAAAGCCCAUGUUCAAUUUAUUUGAUGAGAUUAUUUUUUUGAUUUAAUGGGAAAAUAAAAACAUAUAAUAGAUAUUUAGGGCACAACUUCCAGUGAGCAAUAUUUGAAAUAAUAACCUCCCUCGAAUAAUUGCCUUCCCUCGAAUAAUCACCUCCUUUUUGUGCAAAAAAAGAAAUAAUCACCCCCGGCUAUUAUUUGAGGAAAUACCGUAUGUAAACAUGUAAAACGCUUUCUAUUGCUUUAAUAAUUACAGUGUAUGGGGAUUGCUCAUAUUACAGGGCUGUCACUAAGAGCCUAUGGGCGGGGAUUUUCCCCGGCUACUAUGAGUGUGAACCUCAGCUAUUCUUAUAGGAAACAAAAGGAAAAUGGAACCAAGAGAACUUUCUAGCUGUGCAAUUCUCCUCCUGCUAAUUGCAUAAACUGGGCAACUUGAAAUUUUAGCGAAAAUCCGGUAUUAUUUUUAAAAACACAAAUUUUUAUUUUUUGGUUUGACCGUAAAACUUUAAGUGACUGUAGAGGAAGGGGCCUGGGGGCAGGCGCUUAAUUAAUUCUCUUGUGGUUGGGAAGUUGAACGAUAUAAUAUUAUUUAAUGAAGUAUAUUGAAUCUUUUCUUCAAAAUUUCACUUAAACCCAUCAGUGCCUCGAAUGCUAUUUAGGAAUAGACCGAUCUAGCCUGAUAGUCGCGAUUAAUGGUGGAAUAAAUUAUUCUUUUUUUUUAUUGGACUGGUCUGACCAGCUGACAAAUGGUAAGGAUUGUUAGUGACCCAGAUGAAUUUUUCUAUUGGUUCAUCUCUGGAGUACAGAGAUGAACAUUGUAUAGCAUGAAAAAUUACUCAUCUGACAAAUAAUAUGAUUAAAUCUAAACUCAAUAAUCCAUAUUCUCGAAGUAUUAGUUCAUCCACUGUGAAUACCAAUUUUUUUUUGGUUCACUCAUUCACACUACAUCAUAAUUAUUGUUUUUCACAGGUGUUUUCUUUCUUGUACUCAAUAGUCAGUUUUAUAAAGAUGCCAGCCAGGUGAUGGAACACAAGCAGGAACAAGAUCAAUGGUUAGAUGAACAGCUUUUGUUUGCAUCAAGCUGUAGAGCAAAGCACAUUGUCAUUUUUCAACACAUUCCUUGGUUCUAUGCCAACCGAGAUGAAAGUGAUGAUUACUUCAAUAUUGAGACAAAUGUGCGUAAAGAGAUGCUUUCAAAGAUAAAGAUUGCUGGUAUUAAGUAUGUCUUUGCUGGUCAUUAUCACAGAAAUGCUGGAGGUUUUGACGAAGGUUUGGAAAUGGUUGUCACAAGCGCUAUCGGCCAGCAAAUUAACAAUGAUAAAGACUCAGGGAUGAGGAUUGUAUGUGUCACGAUGGAUAAAAUAACUCAUGAAUAUUAUGAGCUGGACAGUGUUCCCACCAGUGUAACUUUGUGAAACAAAAAAAAAGAUAAUGCUCUGUGUCGAGAAGGAUUUUGAUAACAUAACAUCUGUGGAGAAAGUGACUAGACCUGGAACAAGUCAUCAUCCUUUCACAUGGUAAUCACCAUGGACACAACCUGCACAAUAACUGAAGGUUCACUGUAGAGGUAGUUUUCCUGUCACCAGAAGCAGCUUUUAUAGUUCAGAAAACAUCUUGAUGUUGUCCAGUUCAUAUUAAUAACAUAUGCAUAAAAUGUGCACAAGAUUGAAUUUAAUACAAAUUUAUAGCAGGUGAUAAACAUCAUAGUCAUCUGUAGUUUGGUAUACUAAAUAUAUUGCUUAAUGGUACAUGGUACAUCUGUAUAAAGUUCCAGUGAUAAAUUUUUUGUUGGUAUCAAAGCCGGAUCCGUAAAUUAAUUUAAAAAUUAGGCUGCAAUCACUAGUGGCUGAUUUUCGUUCUCAUACGUGUAACAGGUGAUGGCCAUGUACGGUGUAGCCAGGUAUACUUAAAUGUAGUAUUCUAACUUAGAUUUAUUGGGUUAUUUAUUUACUUUGAUUUGAGAAAAAAAAUUAUAAUUAUGUACAGCAUAGAUGUUGUCACUGCCAUGGCUAAAGGGCAGGCUUACACUCAAUAAAUUAGAAUGACUUUAAUCACAACUAAGGUCUUGUUAUACAAGAGUUUGUGAUUUCAAAAUGUUUUUUUUUUACAGUAAUAUUUUUAAAAUUAUUAUUUACUAACUAAAAUAAUUUGCUAUUGUUUCACUCUUCAUCAGCAUAACAUUACAUACCUGUUUUUUUUAUGACAUUAUAUUAUUUUAUGUGCUUGAUGCUUAAUGGGCCAUAAUCUUAAAUACAUGAAAUCAGCUUUGAUUUUGCCACAUUAUUUAUUUCUAUUAUUUUUGCAUGAAUUUCCUUAUAUCUUGGGACAGUCUAAUCAGAGAUGUCCUCAAGUUGUUACCUUGAUAUUGUCAUUAUAUCAUUGACAGAGUAUAUUGGAUUUAGGGUACAGAUUUGAUUUAUACAGGCAUAAAUUAAUGAUCCUGGAAAGUGGACUUAUUAAAUGUCACUGUUUUCUCAGCAUACUGCGUAACAAAUUUUACGAUACAUGACUGUAGUCAGCAAUCUUUUUCAAUAAAUUAUAAUGGUUGUAUAAUUAUACCGUUGCAUACGUGUAGUUAGUACAUGUACAUGUAUAUUUUGUGGUUAUGGAUUGUGUAUUACUGAUGAAAUCGUAUGCAGGAAUGGAAAUGUGUACAUCUGAUAUAUCUUCAACAAAACGUUCUGCGCAAUAAUUAUUUCACUUUAUUGUGUACAAUGUGAUGUAAAAAUCUAGGCAGAAGCCUGUCCUACAUUUUUUUUUUCAUUGCUACUAUUUGCAUAGUUCGAAAACCAACC